CGGGUAUGAUACGACGCCGUACUGGCGAACUAUAAAACAAGGAUUUGCUGCUCCAGAUUAGAAUCAAGAAUCAAAAGCAAUUAAUCGCCGUUUUUCUUCUUCAUUCUCUCUCUGUUUAAGCCUGAAUUGUAUGGCCGCCAAUUCGAGGAGCGCAGGAGCGAUCGCCGGCUUGGGAAAACGAAUCACAAACCAGAUCUGUACCAGCGAUUCUGCGAUCUCCUCCUCUGCUCUGAAGUUCAGGGCAGCUCACACCUCAGCGUAUGACAAAAACCCCGACGAGCAAGUCCGACCAAGCAUAGUCCCUGAUGAUGUGAUUCAGCCUCAAGCUGCUGAAAAGUACUGGGCUCCUCAUCCACACACCGGCGUUUUUGGGCCAGAGGCCGAACAGCCUACUGCAGCGGUGGCAACCCGUGCUGCAGAUGGUGGCAACCACGCUGCUGUGGAGGAGGAAAAGGCUUGGUUCCGACCAACAAGUCUGGAGGAUUCCGAGAAACCCCACGGGUUUUAGGGCCGGCCAUAAUAAGGCAUUGUUGUUCUUCUGGCCAUCCGAAAGUAGACAACAAAGUAGCCAACUAAAAAGGUACUAAAUAAAGGAGAUGGUUGUUUGUGUUUUGCUGUACUAAGGGUUUGGAGUCUUGAGUUACUUGAGGUUGAGGCAAUCUGGCUAGGAUACUUCGUCUCAGCUUGUUAUAUGUUAUUCUACCAAACUUUAUUUUGACUAUGAUGCUUUAGUGCAGGUUUAUAACUAUUCCUCA